AUGUCGACAGCAUGGGUUAAAUCAACGGAUAAAGUUGAAUUUUGCGAAAUCGAUUGUAAAAACAACAGCAACAACAGCAACAGCAACAACGGCAGCAACAACCGACAGGAACAAAAUCAAAAAUCACAAAAUUGGAUUCAACAGGGAAUCGCACGAAUCAACACGAGGAGAAGAAUCAAAAGAUUUGGAUCGUGUAAAAGAUCCGUUGAUAAUUAUUCUAGAUUUUUCCUUCACAUUGAUUCAAACGAUCUUCCAUUAUAUUACGAAAGAUGUAGAGAAUUCGCACAGGUACCGGAUAAACUCGGUAACAGCAUUUAUUUUUCCGAUGGAAUACGAAAAAUCGAUUACGUAUUGGUAUUCACUAAAAAUCUCGAAGAUCCGAAAAAGCGAAAAAGUCUCGACAAGAUAGCAACGGAAUCAAUAACCAACAUCUUGAGUCAAGACAAUAUCGACUUAUCUAAAAAAGAACAGUGGCGUAAUCAGUUUUUGACAAAUAUUAAAAAAUCAGGUUUGGAAAUAGAAGAAGAAAUUAUCGAACAUGGGAAAAAAGCAUUCAUUUUCCUUAAAAUCCAUGCAACGUGGCCGGUUUUGUGUCGAUACGCCGAAGAACUCAAUUUGAGAGCACCUCUAUUGUUAAAAACGGAAAAAUCAGAUUUGAGAAACGGUUCGGAUACUUUUUUAAAAUAUUUCGGUAUAACGAAUCCAAUGGAAUUAACGAUGCCGACUCAACCCUUACAUUUUUACACUUGUCCUUUUCGAGAGAACAAACUUCACAGGUUUUUAGGGAGCGAAAACAAAGACACGUAUUUUACAACGAUUCAAAGGAUUUGGAUUGUAAACGAAGUACUUUCCAGUGCCGUUUUUGGAACUCAAAGAAAAGGAGAAGUUGGAAUUAAUCGAUUAGUACACGAAGGUGUUUUCAAUGCUGCCUACCCGUUACACGACGGCCCUUAUUUACCGGAGAAAAAAGAAAACAUAAUACAAAAUCCAGAAGAAUUAAAUCCUCGUCAAAUCUUAUACGAAUAUUGGGCGAGAUGGGGAAGAUGGUACAAGUAUCAACCGCUGGAUCAUAUAAGAAAUUAUUUUGGAGAAAAAGUCGGAUUUUAUUUUGCUUGGUUGGGUUUUUACACGUCUUGGCUUUUUCCAGCAGCUGCCGUCGGAAUUUUAGUUUUCCUAUACGGAUUAAUAACGGUUUUUGAUAAUCCUUAUGCGAACGACGUUUGCGAAAAACCUGGAAAAUAUAAAAUGUGUCCGCAACACGAAUUUGGAAAAUUUUGGGAUUUAUACGAUAUUUGCACUUACAUACGAAUCUCUUAUUUAUUCGAUCAUCCUGGAAGCGUUUUUUAUUCCAUUUUUAUUAGUUUUUGGGCCGUUUCAUUUUUGGAAUACUGGAAAAGAAAAUGCGUCACGAUUGCAUAUCAAUGGGAUUGUACGGAUUUUCAAGGAGUUGAAGAAAAACCUAGAGCCGAAUAUGCUGCCAAAGCUCCAUACAUAGCCGUUAAUCCAGUUACUGGAGUCAGAGAACCAAUGUUUCCAAAAAACGAAAGAGGAAAAAGAAUCGCGACCGGUUUGGGUUUAGUUUUUGUCAUGAUAUCAGUCGUUAUAAUAUUUAUAUUUGCGAUAAUAGUAUUCAGAAUAGCCAUAGCCAUUCCACUUCAUAACAUGAACAUGACGAGAGGUUACGCACACACGAUGGCCAAUUUAACCGGAGCCGGACUUAAUUUUAUUAUUAUUAUGAUAAUGAGUAAAUUUUACGAAUGGCUCGCGCAAAAAUUAACUCGUUGGGAAAUGCAUCGGACUCAAUCGGAAUACGAUGAUAAUUACACGUUUAAAGUUUUCGUUUUCCAGUUUGUCAAUUUUUAUUCUUCCAUAUUUUACAUAGCAUUUUUCAAAGGAAGAUUCGUGGGUUAUCCGGGAAAUUACGUUUACAUAUUCAAUAUGAGAAACGAAGAAUGCGAAGAAGGUGGAUGUUUAAUAGAAUUGGCACAGCAGUUAGCCAUAAUAAUGAUCGGUAAACAAGUUAUUAAUAAUUUCAUGGAAGUUGGUAUGCCCUGGGCGAAAUCGUGGUGGUUGAAAAUACAAGUGAAAAGAAAAAAUAGUAAAAAUUCAAAUUCUGAACACAUACAAAUACAAGAAGAUUAUUACACGUCUCCAAACGAUGGCUUAUUUCAAGAAUAUCUCGAAAUGGUUUUACAAUUUGGUUUCAUAACACUUUUUGUCGCUGCUUUUCCACUUGCUCCUUUAUUCGCAUUACUAAAUAAUUGGGUCGAAAUAAGAUUGGAUGCGCAAAAAUUUGUUUGUCACACGAGACGAGUCAUACCCGAAAGAACUGAAGACAUAGGAAUGUGGUUUAAAAUAUUACAAUAUUUAGCUCACAUAGCCGUGAUAACAAACGGACUACUUAUCGCCUUCACGUCAAGAUUUUUAAUGAAACUUCUUUAUCAAUACGAAUACAAUUGGUCGGAAAAAGGUUACUACGAUUUCAUAUUGAGUUGGGCUCCCAAUGGCACAUAUACGGAAAGAUGCAGGUACAGAGGUCAAAGAGACGAAAACGGAAAUUACACAAUGUUUUUUUGGAAAUUGCUCGCCGUGCAAUUUGCUUUCGUUUUGGCAUUCGAGUAUUUUGUUUUUACCGUGUGUCGACUCAUUGACGUUUUCGUAGCAGACGUACCACCUAAAGUCGAUAUUAAAAUAAGACGUGAAAGAUAUCUUGCAAAACAAGCACUUCUCGAUAACAGUUUGAACAAUUCGGAACGAAUCGUCGUAAAAGAAGAAAACACGGCGAAACCUCCUCCAUCUCCACCUCGUAAAAAACUUAAAAAACUUCAAAGGCAAUCGAAUAUAAAUCCGAGCAAGAGUGAAUUUUUACUAUCGGAAAAAAUGAUAUCACCCGAUAAAGUUUUAUCGAUUCCGAAUUUGAGAAACGUUUUGGAUAAACAAGCAGAAGACAAAAGGAAAACGUCAAAUAAAUCCACGCAAACGACAUCGAUAUUGCUAUUCGGUAAUAAAAAUCACAGAAUAUAUAAAGCUAAAAAAAAAUGGACGACGUUUCCAUUUACAAAUGGCGACGAUAAAAAAUUUGAAAAAAUAACACAAUCGGAAGAGGAAGAGGAUACCUUAGGUAGUCCAACAACCACGAUGAGCAGCGACGUUUUCCUACCCUCCAGUCAAUUAACAUCAAAUUUUAAUUGCGACAACAUAAAAAAAAUGUUUUUCUAUUCGACGUUUACGAGAUCACCGACAUUAAAAUCCGAUUCCUUAUCAUUUUCAAGUCGUACAAACGAUAAUGAUAACGUUAAUUACAGGAGAAAAAGUUACGAAUCGGGUGAAAGGGAAACUUCCGGUUUGAUUAUUCAAGAACGUAAACCCAGACCGAGAAGUUGGUUGGAAACGUCCAAAGGUUUGGCAAAGGUUCAUUUCAAAGCAAAUAAAUUUUAUCUUUAA